GAUGCUGCCCAGCGCGGGAGGGAUUAGACAAAGCAGGGGAUGAGCAGACCCUUCGGCAAUGAAGCUGGUGGCGCGGGAAUGCUGGGUGCCAGCAUGGAGCUGGGGUGAUCCCGAGGAAAGGUGGAAGCCGGGUUGUGCGUUGGCUGCAGGCAGGUUGAUGGUCCCCUGGCUGGCAGCAUCCCGGGGAGAAGAUGGCUCAGCCUGCGCCCCUGAACCAGAACCUCCCAGAUCUCGGGGGCCCAUUCUUGUACCGGGACCAGGAUGAUGGAGAGAAGAGCUCGUAUUCAGUGGAAACCCCAUACGGCUUCCUCCUGGACCUGGAUUUCCUGAAAUACGUGGAUGACAUCGAAAGUGGCCAAACGCUCAAGAAAGUGCCGCUGCCUCGCAGGGCGAAAGGGGCCCGGCAGCCGCCCAGCGCCCUGCGCAGCCCCAGCAGCCAUGCCAGUGCCUGGACCUCCACCGAGUCCCUCGCCUCCACGGCCAGCGAGGACGGCAGGACCGCGCUGCUGCUGUCCCCGCACGGCCGCGUGCCCCCGGAGCCCCCGAGCAAGCCAACCUCCCACCCUGUGUCACCACCGGCGCCCGUGCGGCUGCUCCAGCCUCCCACCCGCAGGUGCCCAGUGCAAAACCCGCGGGUGGAGAAGACCUUGCUGGAGACGAGCAGGAGGCUGGAGCAGGAGCAGGGCCGUUUGCAGGAUGUCGCUGGUCCCUCCCGCGGGGGCCCACCCGGUGCCCCGAGCCAGCCACCCCCCUGGGUGCCGGUGGGUGCCGAGGGCCAGGGGGGCUGGUGCCGGGGCAGCCCCGGCAGCUCGGGGCGCAGCACGCCGGCCGCGGGGCUCAGCACUGCCCCGCUGCAGCUCGUGCGGGAGCAGAUGGCUGCGGCCCUGCGGCAGCUGCGGGACCUGGAGGAGCAGGUGAAAACCAUCCCACUCCUGGAGACGCAGAUCUGCGAGCUGAAGAGGGAGAAGGCGAAGCUGCUGGAGAAGCUGUCGGCAGAGCCCACCGAGGUUUUCAGCCGACCUACUGGCACUGAGGCUGCGGUGCUGUGCGAGGAGCCUCCCCGAGAGGGGCCGGAGAGCGAAGCGGAGCCAGCAAAGGGGAGAGCGAGCAAGAUCGUGGAGCUGAGGAAGUUGACGGAGAAGCUGGCCGUGCCGGAGCGAGGCGGCCGGGCUUGGCCGGGCAGGAGCCCCAGGGCCGCUGAGAGGCUGUGCCGCUCUGUUGCGGUGGGCGAGGACCGGGCCAUGACCGACGCCGUCUUCUACUACCGGUCGCAGCAGCAGGGCAGCGACGUGCCGGACGGCGGGGCGAGGGAGCGCAGGGAUGUGGCCGUCUGGGUGCUGGAGUCCUCGCUGGGGGUGGCCAGUGAGGCGGAGCGGGAGCUGGAGCUGCUGCAGCAGACAGUGGGGCACCAGAAGGACGUGAUCGCUAUGAUGGAGGGACACCUGCGGGAGGCCACGCGGGAGCUGGAGGAGCUGCGGCUGGAGGUGUGCGCCCGCCGGCCCCAGGGCCGCGCGGACAAGGAGGUGAUGGCCAAGCCGCAGGUGGCCGAGGCGCUGGUGGAGGCGGUGGUAACAAUGCAGAGCCGGGCGGCUGGUGACCCCCCGCAGACGGCAGAGGCGGGUGUGGAGUGCUGCCCCCCAACCGCCUGCGUGGGGGUGAGCUGCCGCCCCGAAGGGCAGGACGUGGCGGUCGGCCCCGAUUCGGCUGCCAGGUGUGAAGACAAAGGCAGCCAGAGCAAUGUGGGCAGUGCUGCCCUGGCGGGCGAGCAGGCAGAGCCUGGUGCGGGGGAUGCUCCCGGCAGCCCCGCGGCUCAGGGCACAGGAGUGACAAGGGGGACAUGCCAAGACAGCCCAGGCCACGCGGCAGCAGCACCAGAGAUGACACACAGUGACCAGGACCCGUCACCAGUGUGGGAUGGGGGAGCUGCCCCGAGCCCUACGGCUGGAGCCCUCAAGUCCAUCAUGAAGAAGCGGGACGGUCCCCCCCGGAGCGAGGCCGAGGGCAGCAAGAAGAGCCUGCAGUUUGUGGGCGUGCUGAACGGGGAGUACGAGAGCACGUCCAGCGAGGAGGAGGAGGAGGAAGGAGACAGCUCCUCCGAGAAGGCUUCGGCCGACAGCUCUGACAGCGAGGAGCAGGGGGACAGCGAAACCUCGGACGAGGAGGCCGGGGAAACCGAGUGCAAGGCAGAACAGGAGCAUGAGGGGACCAGUGUGACCCUGCCGGAGCCCCCCGAGGUGAAGGAGAAGUUCGAGCUGAGCCCCAGGAUGCGGGAGGCCUGUCUCAUCGUCAAGACACACCUGGGCCACCCCAGUGCCACCAAGAGCAAGGAGGUGCUUGCCAGCAACAGCCUGGUCCUGCAGGAGUGGUUCCGUCUGUCCAGCCAGAAGUCAUCCGUCCCCGACACAGUCGCCAACCACCUCCUGGCCUUUGCCGAGGUCUCGCCGGCUCUCCUGGCACACGUGGUGAACCUGGCAGAUGGGAACGGCAACACGGCCCUGCACUACAGCGUCUCCCACUCCAACUUCCACAUCGUGCGGCUUCUGCUGGACACGGGGGUCUGUAACGUGGACCACCAGAACAAAGCCGGCUACACCGCGCUCAUGUUGGCAGCGCUGGCGGCCGUCGAGCAGGAGGACGACAUGAGCGUGGUCAGGAGGCUCUUCAGCAUGGGCAACGUCAACGCCAAGGCCAGCCAGGCAGGCCAGACGGCGCUGAUGCUGGCCGUCAGCCACGGCCGCCAGGAGAUGGUGGAAGCGCUGCUCGCCUGCGGAGCCGACGUGAACCUCCAGGACGAGGAGGGCUCGACCGCGCUGAUGUGCGCCUGCGAGCACGGCCGCGUGGAGACCGUGAAGCUGCUGCUGGCUCAGCCCACCUGCAACAUCUCCAUCGUGGACAGUGAUGGGAACAACGCCGUCGCCAUUGCGCUGGAGGCUGGCCACAGCAACAUCGCUGUGCUCCUCUAUGCCCACCUCAAUGGCACGAAGGCACAGCUGCCCCAGGGGACACCAUCAACAGUGACAAAGAGCCCUGGGAGCCAAAAGAAACCAAAUUAGACCUUGGGAUCCAGCUGGGGCCAGCCCCGUACCAACCGGCCCCCACCAGCGCGGGGCUGUACCUUACGUCCCCUCUCCUGCCACGUCGCUCCCCACAGCUGCAGAUGCUUUAACCCUCCCGCUCUGGAAGCGCAGCCCACGCAAAACCACCUCGCUCCGACUGACGGGAGCCACGCGCCAAGUGACAGCGGGGUGGGAAACGCCGGCCCUGUACCCCCGCUCCCCACCGCGGCUGCUGGAACUGCAACUCACUGCAACUGCCCCCUGCAACUCACAGACAGAAGAAAACAAACCUGCACCUGGUUUCUGCUCCUGGCAGCUCUGGGAAGGCAGCGGAGCUGGGACACGGACGGGGCUGCGGGAGCGCGGGCAUCAGCUCCGUGCCGGCGGGGACGCAGCGCUCAGCAGGCGAGGGGACACAAACCAGCUGGUUAACGCUGCCUUGGACACGGGCUGGGAACACUUCCAGAUGGGAAUGUUUGCCCUUUGCUGGCAUUUCCUUUCCUGACUGAAAUCUGAAAUUUUUUUCUAGCAUACGCACACAAAAGAUAAAAAUUAUAUUGCUUAGUCAAAGGAUGGAGUUCAACAGGAAAUCACUCAGUGAUUUGUAUUGCUCGACAUGAGCAAAACUUCUGGGCACUUGGGGCUGCAGCCGGGCUGGGAGAAUCAUGGAAUGGUUUGUGUUGAAGGGACCGUCCCAGCCCCCCAGUGCCCCCCCUGCCAUGACAGGGACAUCUUCAGCAGCUCAGGUUGCUCAGAGCCCCGUCCAGCCUGGCCUGGGAUGUCUCCAGGGAUGGUUCAUCCACCACCUCUCUGGCCAACCUGGGCCAGGCUCUCACCACCCUCAGGCAACAGUUUCUUCCUUAUAGAAUCAUAGAAUGUCUAACCUGAAUCUGAAACCAGGGGAGAGCAGCUGAGGGUGGCUCCAGGUAGGAAGCUGAGCCAGAAGAGCUGAAAGCAAGCCCGGGGAGAUGGACGUGUAUGUCGGAGGACGUGUACGUUGGAGGACGUGUGUGUGUCUGUGCGAGCGUGUGUGCGCCAGGCGGGUGGGAACAGAUGAGGUAAGGACUGAGGACCGGGAGGAAGAAGAGGCUUUUGUAUGUGCAGCCAGCUCCGCUCUGAAUCCCUCACAAAGGUGACGCGUGUGGCAGCCCCGUGUGUGCUCCUCGGCCUCCCCCGCCAUCCCCCUGCCUGCUCUGAGCCUUCUCUGGGGAAACACCCCCAGAAACACGUCCCGGGCGCCGCGCUGCUGGCCUGGCCGCGGGCCUGUUCAGCUUUGCACUGAAGUUAACACACGAUGCUCACACCGCUCUAGUUCACCGCUCUGUAUGUAUGCCGUGCUCACUGCUUGGGUAUCACAGGUUUGUUUACUGAUAUUUUAAUACCAAUGUUUAUUUUAAAGAUAUAAAUAAAAAUGUUAAGUAAAAUUAUUUUGAAACAUUA